UGUUGUUGUGUAGAGUUGCUCAAUGCUCUAUACUUUUUAAUUUACUGAUUCUUGGUAGUUUUCUGCUCUAUAUGUAUAAUCUACCAAGUCUAAAUUUUUCUCUUUUUAUUAGAUGUGCUGAAAUUGUAUGUAGAAGUGUGGAGAUCAUUGGGGCAUUGUCGCUGAUGUCGCUUGAGUUAAAUGAAAUGAUUUCUUUGGAUGGCGAAAUUGUAAAGGGCUUAAUCUUGCUGCUGGGAAGUACUAAAAGAAAAAUAUCAAUGGCUGCCUGCAAUGCCAUCUUGGAUUUAUCUACAACAGCAGCUGGGCAACAACGACUACUUGAACUCUCUGCUAUGGAUAAACUUAUUCUUUGCUUUGUUCAGGCCUUUAAAUCUCUGGCUGGAAUAGUUUCUCUAUGUGCCGAUGUAAUAAUGUUUAAGGAAGAUGAUUUCCCAGUAAUGCUUCUUCACGCUGCCUGUACUCUUAUCAAUUCCUGCACUAUUGAGCAGAUGCAAAAUAUCCAAACAGAGCUUUCUGAUUCUUUACUUAUUUAUUUAAGAAGGCUGUGGGUUGAAGUAAGUAAACAAAGGUUAUGCAGCAAUUAUCUGAAAUGUGGCGAGGAAAAAGGUUUCUAUACAAGCAACAUCAAAACAAACAAUCUGGCUGAAAGUAUUUUUAGGCUAUCCAUUACUCGUGGUCAAUGCCAAGGACCUGCAGAUAUUGACAAUGUUAAGAGAAGCAUUGUCAAUCAGGGAGAAGCAACUUUUGAAUGCUUUCUAUCGAAUUAUUGGGAGGUAUCACCUCAUCUAAUAAGGGAUGCCGAAAAGGCGUCAACUAGGCAGGACAAUGUUUUCAGUCCUUUUGUUCAGUUUCUUAAAUCAAAAGAGGCUGUACAUUCCUUACUUCCUUCAAUGCUAAAAAGUAUUACUUCCUGCCCACCAAUUGCAUCAGAUGAACUCAAUAUCCUUCAUUUUAUCAAGGAUGUAAGAAAUCAUCUUGGUUGUCCAAUAAUCUACCACCAAGAUAUUCGGGUUAUAAAAACGCAAAGUGGAGAGGAGUUGCACUAUUUUCAGGAGAAAUCGAACUCUUGCUGCUUGGCUCCUCAUAUUCUGCACAUCGAUGAUAUUUUGAAAUGUGAGGAAGCAUAUAAAGAGGGUUACUCAAUCGCCCUGCGUGGUAUGGAGUUCCGUUUUCAAAGUAUUGCUGCUAUCGCAGAUGGGUUAGCAUCCCUCUUUGGCCAGCCCUCAGCUGGGGUAAAUAUGUAUUUGACACCUCCCAACUCUCAAGGAUUGGCUUGUCACAGUGAUGACCACUGUGUUUUUAUAUGCCAACUUAUGGGAGUAAAAAAAUGGACGAUUUUUCCUCGGUCAAGUCUCCAGUUACCUCGCUUGUAUGAACCUAUUGAUAAAUGCCACAGUUUUGAGGUUGAAAAUAAGUUGAUUGACGAACGCAAACAGUUUUUGCUGGAAGAAGGAGAUAUCUUAUAUAUUCCUAGAGGUUUCCCUCAUGAGGCAAAAACGAUUAUAGAUGAUGAUGAGUUUGACAAAAACGCUGAAUUCUCUUUACAUCUGACUCUGGCCAUUGAGAUUGAACCUCCAUUUGCGUGGGACGGAUUCAUUCAAGUUGCACUGUGUUGUUGGGAUCAGAAACAGAAAGUAUAUCCAGACGCGUAUGGAGAUACUGUAUCAGGGAGUCUACAUGUUAUGUCCGUCAACCUAUUGCACAUUGCAAUCAAGCAAUUGGGCAAUGUUGAUCCAGCGCUUCGGAAGGCUUGCUUGGUUGGUGCAUUUUCAUCAUCUUCAAGCAACGAAGGCUGGCUUGGUACGAAUCAGAGAACACUUUUCUGGCAUCUAAUCAGUAAAAUCAACAACGAAUUAAAGUUUUCAGAUGCGUUGAAGCUUCUAGAAGAAGCUGUUCAGAAGCAUGAAGAUCCCCUAGACCAAGUAAGAUGGGUUAAAGAUCUCAUUUUCAAGGAAGAAGUGAAGAGAUCACAGAGGUCUGACACAGAUAACGGUUGUGGGUUUCAUAUAUUAUGUAAUCAUAGGGAGAGAGCAGAAACCGUUUUCAUGGAGGUUAAAUCUAAAUUUUGGAAGGAAAUAGUAUUUGAGGAAGUUGAGCAAUGCUACAAAGUGAUGCUGGAGAAGUACAGGAAAGUGAGGAAGCAAUAUACAGAUGGGAUGCUUUCACUGCAUUGUAUUACUGGAGAUUCUUAACUUAUACUGAGUAAUGCCCGUUCUUUCCUUGUUUCUUUUGUAUCAUAAAGUUGGUUUUCUUCACUUCCAAAAAUGAUAAAGUUAUGUCCAGCUGAGCUAAGGCCGACUCGUGGCUGCUUGUAAAGAAGGGAUGACUGAUGCUUAUAAGCAUAAAAGACUGGCUUUCUACAUGCAAUGUGGGACUCAAAGGUAGUUAUAAUCACUGUGUUUCUUCUUUGAAGGAACAUGGUUGGUUGAGCUUAUAAGCUGCUUAUAAACUUGGCCAAACUUAGAGAUGUUGGAUGGAUCGAUCCAGCCUGAAUCUGCUUGGCCUGGCCUGCAAAAGUUGGCAUUGAAACUGGCCGUGAGAUUGAACUAUGAACGUGUGGGAUGAAGUAAAAAAUUGCAACACGUUGGCUAUUAAGGGUUUUCGACCCCUAAUCCCUUGCAAAAUUUCUUUUAUAUAAAGGAGAACGCUUCAAGUAGAGGGAAUUUCUUAUGAUACAGAUGCUGACAUGACGAAACUUGAUUUGCCUUUUUUUUUUUUGUGUUUUUUUUCCAUCUUCGAGUUAUUUCACGUCAUGUGUUGUCGGUCAAAACUUUUUGUACUUGUAGCAUGAUUGUUCUAUAAAAUCUCUCUAGUACACUUUCUAUCUCA